AUGGGUGAUAUCAGACUCAGCCAGUCCAACUUCAUCCCGCACUACAAUUAUGCGGUGGUAAACCUCGCUCUCCUUCCAACUUCAUCCCAUCUACCCUUUCCUCCGAAGAUGUCCUUCUUCGGAUUUGAUACCACCCUUCCUAGGGAUCGGGCUCCUCCCGGGGAUAAGAGGGGUAUUUUCGAUACCCCUGACCCGUUUGCCGAAGUCGCUCGGGCUAAAGCAGAAGGGCUGCAUGAGGAUGACGACGAUGCCAUCGAUUUUGAGGAUACGUAUGACGGUUUAGGCGAUCAGCUUGACGAUGAUCAGGAUGCCUUCAACGAAGACACGUUCGGUGGUGUUUCGGAUAGUGGCCCCGUUGGCAAAGAUUUUGACUUCUUUGGAAAAACAGCCCAGAUUGCAGACGUCAUCGGGGAGGAGCAGGUUCGCUACAGCCUACAGAAACCCCAGCAUCCUGCGACAGGCAUUACGGCCGAGAAACCAAAGCGUACCGGAUAUGAGAAAUACGAUGACCCAGGCUAUAUUCCUGACCUUCAAGCGAAGUCCAGCGUUUGGGGAGUGCAGAAGAAGCCGGAACCGGCAGCUCCUGUGCCUCAGCCAGCCAAGAAGAUGUUGAGUUUGGAAGAAGUGGAAGCGCAGUUGCGCCAUCCUUCGAUGCCACCUCAUAUACCUGUCUCCUUGCCGCAAUCCAUGCCUGAGCCCCCUCAUCCCCUUCAGCCUCAGCAGAUCCCCGGCCUCCCAGAAGGGUUCCAACACUUGCCCCCGGAAUUCCUCCAGGCUCAAUUCGCUAAAGGAGUACCGCCUACGCAACUGCUACACCAUCCUCCGAUGGCCCCUGAGCCCUACCCUGUCUCGGGACAUGCGCCUAAUAUCCCACUGCAUCUUCUGCCAAAUGCCAACAUUCCGCCUCAGCAUAUGGCUCCUCCCCAACGUCAAGCAAUGUCUGCACGGGCGCAGCGGCCCCAGCGGCCCCAGCAGCAGCAGCAGCAGCAGCAGCAGCAGCAGCCACCGCUAUCCCAGGGUUCUCAUGGGGCAAACCAGUCGUUGCCUUUGAUCACAAAUCCCCAGCAGCUGAUGCAUUUGACAGAGGAGCAGCGGGUCGCAUACUUGAUGGAAGAUGCUAAACGCGCGAAGCGCAACCACAAGAUUUUCCUCCUUUCCAAAGGCAACGGUCUAAUGACUCCGCAGGACAAGAACUUUAUAACUAGGAUUCAGCUGCAGCAGUUGGUGGCCGCGGCUGGAAACGUUGUCGACUCUGAUUCGGAAGCCGUCUUGGCGGAGGAUUUCUACUACCAAGUCUACAGCCAGAUUCGAGGAGCACCUCGACAGCAUCCCCACCAGCCCCUGGGCCAUUUUGCGCAGACCUAUCUUCUCCAGACCGGGAAUCGCCUGGGUGGCCAUGGAUCCAGAAGGCAGGCCCAGAGUGCGGACAAUCACAUGCAAAGGAUGCAGCAGCAGGUGCAACGAGCAGUUGAGGCCGCCAAGGCCAAGCCUAAAAAUAAGCAGCUUAUCAUUGAAGGAAGUUUGGGCAAGAUCUCAUUUAGUAAUGCCAAAACACCGAAACCUAUGCUUAACAUUAAGCGCCCGGAUAGCUCUGAGGGAGCGAAGGUGACCAAGAAGCCCCACACCGACUUGAGUGUCAGUGACCGGAAGUCCAUCCUGACCAACAUCGAGGGUGUUUACAGUACGCUGAUGGAACUGGAGGAUAUGGAGCGCACAAUGCCCCCCCCUCCAGACGAGAAUGACCCGGAAGCUAUUCAACAGCACUUGGAAUGGCGGCAGAAAGUCCGCUCACUCAAUCAAAAGCUGUGGCAAGAUCUCAAAGUUAUGGAACCAAUUGUUUCUAACGCGAACACCCCACAUCCGUUCAUCGCAUUUCUGUCCUAUCCCAAGGGCAAGAAGGCCAUCCCACGCAUCUUCCGCCAUAUCGAUCAAGAGCAGAGGGUUACCAUCCUUACCAUGAUUGUUGUACACUUAGAUACUUUGGAUGUCGUCCGGCGCGCGCAACCCAUGCCUGGCGAGACGCAGCCUUCUCUGGCUGUUCGAGAGGCCAUCGACCUCUUCUCCCAGGCAGUCAUGCCCAGCCUGCUGGGUUAUGUUAAUGAGGCACCGUUCAACAUCAUUAUUGGACUUCUGGGGCUUGUGAUUGCACAGACACAUGUCCAGUUGGUUGCCAAAACUCGCAUUGGGCUGGGUAUCCUGACUAUGCUGCUCAGUCGAGCGGAGAUCGUGAAGGAAGCAGGGCAAGCAGCAGAGCGUGACUGGCAGCAAUGGGUUGAGAAGUUUAAUGUGCUCUUCGACACCCUGGAGCCCAUUUUUGGAGACAUUUUCCCCAGUUCGAUCAAUGCCGGUGAUGACAUGUAUGUGUGGCAAUUCUUGGCUGCUGUUGGUAUCGGAGCUAGUCCAGACCAGCAGCAACGCUUGGUUAUCGCCGUAAAGGACCGUGUAAUGGAGACCGUGACGUAUAGCAAGACCCUUCCUGUGGAUAUGGGCACCCAGCGACUUGGAAAUGUCAACCUUUUCAUGCGCGCUAUCGGCCUGGAUGUGGAACUUCUCGGUUAG